GACUGUGCUGGCGAUUGCUGGAGAAGACUUCUGUAUCGUUGCCUCUGACACACGUCUGAGUGAAGGCUACUCCAUUCACUCCCGGGACAGCCCCAAAUGCUACAAGCUAACAGAACAAACUGUCAUUGGAUGCACUGGUUUCCAUGGAGACUGCCUUACCCUUACUAAAAUUAUUGAAGCCAGAUUAAAGAUGUACAAGCAUUCCAACAACAAGACCAUGACUACAGGGGCUAUUGCAGCAAUGCUGUCUACAAUCCUGUACUCUCGACGUUUCUUUCCCUACUAUGUUUACAAUAUAAUUGGUGGACUUGAUGAAGAAGGGAAGGGAGCAGUUUAUAGCUUUGAUCCAGUGGGCUCCUAUGAGAGAGAUACUUUCAAAGCAGGUGGAUCAGCAAGUGCAAUGUUGCAGCCUUUGCUGGAUAACCAGAUUGGCUUCAAGAACAUGCAGAAUGUGGAGCAUGUACCUCUGACCCUGGAAAAGGCUUUGCAGCUGGUUAAGGAUGUCUUCAUUUCUGCUGCUGAGAGAGAUGUGUACACUGGGGAUGCACUAAAGAUUUGCAUUGUCACAAAAGAUGGAAUUAAAGAGCAAACUGUCCAGUUACGAAAAGACUAAUUCAGUUCAUGUGUAAGCAAGUUAUCUGUAUGUACAAUUUACCUGUGUUACGAGGACAUUUGUCCAAUUAAAUUUUUUUCAAGAAGUUCAA